UGUAGGAAACGCAGCGCUGCCUCUCUCUCCUCACUCACUGUCAGAUUACAGCUUUAAUCCGAGGAGGAGGAGGAGGAGGAGGAUACCCUGCCAGGACGCUGUUUGCAUCUUGGAAGGACUCUCGGCUGUUUAUGCAUACCAAACGAACGCCACUUUACGUGCUGCUCUCUUUUUCUCUCCACAACAACCGGCCUGCACACAGAAGAUGAACCGUCAGUCCGCUGCUGUCUCUGCCUGUCCGCCGACCUGCCGACACGCUAACAUGUUAGCUGGCUAACUAGCUGAAAAAGAGUAACUAAAUCGGAUUAGCUGCGAACGGCUGCCUCCCUCUAGGUAAUAUCCAGCUUAUUAUGAGCUAUACUUGACAACUAUUACGCAGCAAAGUCGCCUUUUAUUUAUUUGCAUUAUUUUACAUCUGUGUCAACAUUAUCUUUAUUCGUUGCUGUGAAUUAUUUUGUUAGCAUUAAUGUUGCUGCGGGCUAGCUAGUCAAAACCUCAACAAGAGCAGGAGCUCCUUCGCCGGCUGACCUUUAGUGUUUGUUGGGGAGCAGAACACUGGUGCCUCCGACCCCAGCUAAGAGUCAGGACGGAGUUGACGGAUGCGCUAGUUGUGGAAGAGAGCUGGUACGAGAUUUGAAGCGAUAAAAAUAGUCUUCAGAGGAAGCAAAGAUGUCAGGAAAGGAUAAAGACAAACAGGAGAAACAGUCAACAACGGAGCGGCUCGUUAAAGCUGUGCCAUACCCUCCGCAACAUAAGCUGACUGUUAAAGAGCUCUUCGAAGAUGGCAAGCCCAACGCCGAGCUGCUCCGCAAUCACCUCGUCAAGGAGGGCAGGGUGGAAGAGGACGUGGCUCUGAGGAUCAUCAACGACGGGGCCAACAUCCUCCGUCAGGAGAAGUGCAUGCUGGAAGUGGAGGCGCCUAUCACAGUAUGUGGCGAUGUCCACGGGCAGUUCUUUGACCUUAUGAAGCUGUUUGAAGUGGGGGGGUCACCCAGCACCACACGGUAUCUGUUCCUCGGUGACUACGUAGAUCGAGGAUACUUCAGUAUUGAGUGUGUUCUCUACCUCUGGUCGCUCAAGAUCAACCACCCCAACACACUCUUCCUCCUGCGAGGGAACCACGAGUGCCGGCACCUCACAGAGUACUUCACCUUCAAACAGGAAUGUAAAAUAAAAUACUCUGAACGGGUGUAUGACUCCUGUAUGGAGGCCUUUGACUGCCUGCCCCUCGCCGCCCUUCUCAACCAACAGUUCCUGUGCGUACACGGCGGUCUCUCACCAGAAAUCAACUGCCUAGACGACAUAAGGAAAUUAGACAGGUUUAAAGAGCCUCCAGCAUUCGGGCCGAUGUGCGACCUGAUUUGGGCCGACCCCGGCGAGGACUACGGCAGUGAAAAGACAACCGAACAUUUCAACCACAACUCAGUCCGAGGCUGCUCCUACUUCUUCAGUUACUCAGCAGUCUGCGACUUUUUGGUAAAUAAUAACUUGCUGUCGGUAAUAAGAGCCCAUGAAGCGCAGGAUGCAGGGUAUCGGAUGUACAGAAAAAGCCAGACGACAGGCUUCCCUUCAUUAAUCACAAUCUUCUCAGCUCCUAAUUACUUAGACGUCUACAACAACAAAGCUGCUGUAUUAAAAUACGAGAACAAUGUGAUGAACAUCCGACAGUUCAACUGCUCCCCCCACCCUUACUGGCUGCCCAACUUUAUGGAUGUCUUCACAUGGUCUUUGCCUUUUGUUGGAGAGAAAGUGACGGAGAUGCUGGUGAAUGUACUGAACAUUUGCUCCGAUGAUGAGCUCAUGUCAGAGGGAGACGACCUCUAUGAAGGUGGCAGCUCAGCGAUGCGUAAGGAAGUCAUCAGGAACAAGAUUCGUGCUGUGGGGAAAAUGGCCCGAGUCUUCUCAGUCCUCAGGGAGGAAAGUGAGAGCGUGUUAACACUCAAAGGCCUCACCCCAACUGGAACUCUUCCUGUGGGAGUGCUGUCAGGCGGAAAGCAGACCUUACAGACCGCCACCAUUGAGGCAGCUAAACAACAAGGCUUUUCUCCCACGAGGAAGAUUCGCAACUUCGAGGAGGCACGUGGCCUGGACCGGAUAAACGAGAGGAUGCCGCCCCGCAAAGAUGGCAAGCAGCCAGACGGCACCACGACCAACACCAACACCCCCAACAAGAAUGGCACUGAUGGAUAGGCAACAGAAACACCACCUUCCCUCCAUCUUCACACAACCCACACCCCCCUGACUCAUAUCUCCCAACCUUUCUGUCACUUUCUCUCUUUCUCUGUCUGUCUCCUCUCUCCUCCACUGAAACUGCCUGUCCAUCUUCUGCUCACCCACAGUCAGGGCGGGAAAAGGAAGUGGACACAUCGUUAAGAUAAAAACAAAAGGAGGCCACAGAACUGGGAAAACACUUUCAGCUGCUGGAAAGAAAGAAAAAAAAAACAUAUGAUGUGAUAAUCCAGGGGGAAUAAAUCUUAUCUUAUUUAUUAAAGGAAUUAUAUUAGAUAUAUUGUGUAAUAGCAGCAAAUCAUUGAAUAAAGACAUUUUGCAGUUGUUCAAAUGUAUACUGUACACUGAAGUCCUAACUUAUACAUGUCAAACUUAUAAAAAAAAAAGAAAGAAGAAUUUUAUAAAUUUGAGUUGAUACAAAUAGAUGAAGCCCUUGUUAUCCAGGAUUUUAGUCACUAAGUUUUUUGUUUUUUUUAUUGUGCUCUGUGUUUGGUA